ACAUAAUUUACAAUCGCUUAACCACAUAUAACAGAAAAAACCGAGGUUGUAAAAAGAUAUUAAAACAUGGUUAUUGUGUAAGUUUGUUUUCAUCGUCUGCAUUUGGUCGCUUACAACAGCAAACGUCACGGCAGUCGGGACAGGAUGGGGAAGACGUGCGGCAUCAUCAUCGUCGGCGACGAGAUCCUGAAGGGGCAGACGGCAGAUACCAAUUCGUUUUUCCUGUGCCGCCGCCUCUUUGCUUUGGGCGUCAAGGUGUCUCGCAUAACCGUGAUUCCCGAUCUGAUGGAGGAUAUUGCGGAGGAGGUGUCGAAAUUCUCCAAGAAAUUCGACAUCGUUAUCACCUCCGGCGGCGUCGGCCCGACUCACGACGACGUAACCUACGACGGCGUUGCACAGGCCUUCGGGCAAGGGUUGACGUACAACGAGGAAAUCGCAGACGUCAUACGCCAGUACCUGCCUGAAGGAGAGGCUGCGAAACCAUCCCAUCCGGCCUUCAAGAUGGCGAACAUUCCUGAAGGCGCGGUGCUGCACUACCUCCGUGACGAGAGCGACGUCCUCGUGUGCCAAUUCCCUCUGGUGUCGCUGAUGAACGUGUACAUGUUCCCCGGCAUCCCAGCUUACCUGGAGCGCGACUUCCACUACCUGGAGAAGCUCUUUUACAGCCCCGAUACCAAGUUCCACGUCAAGGACAUCUUUCUGGCGGAGGACGAAAAUAAUCUGACGGGGAAGCUGAACGACCUGGUGAGCCACAGCCCGGCGGUGACGGUUGGCUCGUACCCCGAAGUCAACAACAGGUACUACCGCACGCGAGUCUCCCUGCAGAGCGAGUCCGAGUCCGAGCUGCUGGAGGCCGAGGAGUACCUGCGGUCCUCUUUUAGCGAUGAGGUCAUUGUUGACUUCGAUAUCAACAGCAUAAGCCAUGCAGGAAGAAGGAUUUAUGAUAUCAUCGCUCUGCGAGGGGAACCCCACCUCACUGGACCCAUCACUAGUGCUGUGAAGAUUCUAGAAGAAUGUCUGGAUCGGUAUUCCACUGAUGAGAUCUGCAUAAGCUUCAAUGGAGGCAAGGACUGCACAGUCAUCUUGCAUCUGUUGCAUGGAGUACUGCUUCAAAGAUACCCAGAAAACACCCCAUCUAUCCAGGCAGUCUAUAUCACCUGCAGCACACCUUUUGAUGAAGUGGAAGUCUUUAUUGAUCAGAUGGUUAAAAGGUAUAACUUAACGCUGUGGAGGAUAGAAGGACCUAUCAAGAAAGGCCUGGAGGAACUGACAAAGAAAGAACCAAAAGUGAAAGCAGUUUUGAUGGGUACCAGAUGGACAGAUCCCUACUCCAAAACACUCCAGCCAUUCCAUAUGACUGACGAAGGCUGGCCUCAGUUCAUGCGUGUUUCUCCUAUUCUGGAUUGGAAUUACCAGACAGUAUGGACUUUUCUGAGAACACUGUCUGUCCAGUACUGCACCCUUUAUGAUCAUGGGUACACUUCACUUGGAGGGAUACACAACACGAUCAAGAACCCACACCUGAAGUACAUUGGUGAAGAUAAGCAGGAAAACCAUUAUCCUGCUUACUUCCUGAAGGACAUGGCUCUAGAACGUGCUGGCAGGACAUAGUAAAAGGUUCACUAUUUCAGCAUCUAUACAAACAAAUGCCCACAAACAGGGCCCUGGUUAUAGAAUUACAGGCUUCCUUAUUGUAAAUAAAACAAUGAAGGAAAGGACUAGAAAACAUACAAAUAAUUUGAAGACUUCUUUGCUGUAUUGCUUCUUCAGGUAAUACAGUGAAAAGGCCUUCUGCAUAUUUGCAUUUUCCAGUUCUUCCCUUUGUUGUCUUGUAUAAAAUUUGUUCAACAUGAAUCCAGCACAGGCUUCCUUUGAUAAUGAUUUAUAAUGAUAAUAAUAAUUACUAUAUAUAAUUAUAUAAUAACAGUUAUUAUUAUUAUAUAAUAAUAAUUAUAUAUUUAUAAAAUUUGCUUUGUAAACUUUCUGUUAAAGAAGAUAGGCCUUUAUUUUGCAGAAUUGAAUGAUGAUGCAGAAGUGUUAGUAAGCAUUGACUGACAGGGAAGAGUCAGGCAAGGAAAGAGAAAAUGAAAAACAAAGCUAGCAAAAGAGAAGAAGGAUGAAUAGAUAGAAUGAAAAGUAAAAUAUUAAGAUGAUUAUCAAUAUGCUUGUUUGCAUAGUGGUGUAGGUUGGGGUUAUUUAUACUGUAAAUAUUUGUAAGUCCUUCAAAUUUGGUCUGUUAUAUUAUUGUAAAUAAAUAAAUAAAUAGAUAAAUAAAUAAA